CCUUAACUCCAUCCACGCCUCUUUUAAACAACGACAACGAGUAUUUACUUCGAAGAAGUAGUUUGUGGAUAGUCUUCCUCCGCCCAGCAAUAGACUUUCUUUUUUUUCGCCAUGCAAGAGAUGCUCCUAAAACAAGAUUCUCCACCACAAGAGAAACAAGAUCUUCUCCCCACGACCAAUACUACCACCAAGAUGUUGCUCCAUCAACGUCGUGGACUAGACAAUAGUCCUGGUCCCAUCUCUUCAGGGCCAAGGACUGCCAGCAGCGGAGAUGACCAUUCCGCAAGAUUAGCACUUCCAAGUAAGCCUCUGAGACCGAUGGCCCCAGUCGAACGAUCCAUGUUGGAUGGCAACUCUAUGCCACCAAAUUUGGGUAUUCCGAAAUUUUCCUUCACGCCAAAUGCAAUCCUGUUGUUGGAUGACAAGGACUUCGAAGAUGGAGCACAAGUGGGGGAUUUGAAGUUAAGACGAUGCAUGUAGAUGUAGAAGUAGAUUCCACACUUAAGUACAAAGUACAUCCCACACUUAUGUAGACGUAGAUCUACAAACUCACACAGUGAAUAUUUAUAUAUAUAAGUACAAACUGAAACUACUGUUCGUGAAGUAGUUCAACACCUUGAUAAGUAGGGGUGAGAGCCUAGCCCUAGCCCUAUGUAUAUAAAGAGAUUUCAUUUUCUAAUCGAAGAAGAGCUCCGCGAUUUCCUCUGGGAGCGCUUUGCCAAACCUCAUGCUCGCUUGAGAUCAGUGGGCAAUACCAAAACAAGCAAAUGGGAAAACACAGCAACUUCAAUUAAGGCUCAACUUUCAAUGGUCAUUGGGGUUGGUCACUGAGAUCGAAGAGGCGACCCCUUGAGACAACAGGGGAAAACGAAGGGAAAGAAGGGGGUCUCUUCCGUUCAGCAUCAGUGACCAUUGAAUGCUGAGCUUUAAUUCAAAGGAUGACCUAGACUGGGAUUAUCACUUGAGACAAGUCCAUGUAGAUGGUCAGGAAGGACCGUUUCUUGGAGGUGAUGGCCCUACUGGCUCGAGUUCGGCUAAGAAGGAUGGGGAUUAUGGGAGUCCGGUAUUGAAUUGAAAGCUAGACGUUCUUACAGUGCUUGACAUUCACUUUCACAUUCAUGUGAUGAUCAUUAAGAAUCCUAAUUAGGUUUUAGACAACACCUCGUGCUAGGUAAAUGAAUGAACGAACUCAAGAAAUCACUCAGGAACAGUGGAUGCAUUUUUGCUGUCCACUUGGCUCUGGAUUCAUGACAUCCCAGGUAUCUCUCCAUCCAGCCCUCGAGAAAAAAAUUUUCGGCGAACUCGACUACGAGGAAAUGGACGUAAGUAAACCACUGUGGAAAGCGUACCUGGUUCGACUCGGCGGACGCGUGACUACUUCGGAUGAUAGUAUGGCUUGGCAAGAAACAACAAAAAUGGGGUGAAAUUUACUCAAUUUCGAAAGUAGGUGGACUCCUGUACCUGGUGCUUCAGGCAGCUGUAGGAAAACUCGCACCUAAUCUACUUCAUGUUACGUUGAUAAAGCACUUUUGACGCUCUAACACCCGGCGCGUCGUUCGCAGCUGUCUCCUGGUUCGCGUCCAUCACGCGGUUUGUGACGGCAUCAGCGGGAUGAGAAUAGCCGAUUACUUCUUAAACGACUUGAAUGAGCCUGCAGACGUUCUUGGCCAGUCAAUGAAGAAGUUCAAGAAGAACAAUAAUUCUUCCAACAGUGCAACUUUCUUCACAUCUUGGUACCAUUAAGGCGCCUUCAGGUAAUCCAUCUUCAAAAGCAUCAUUUUGGGACCUCGCUGCCUCAUCUAAAUUUACGAGAAUUUAUUCCCUGGCCUAGGAUGACCCUGAAGAUGGAUCAUUCCGGAAACAAGGUCUAAUACCGAAACGCCAACAAUCCUCUUGUCAGGGUCCUCUGCAUGCCGCUGAUGCUCAUACUGCAAUUGCUUUUUUCCAUUUUUCGGAUCCCGUUGAUGCUGUUCGACAUAGUGAGCUCUUUCUUCGCCUUCCUCUACAUGGGUGCGCGGCCACGAUGCACCUUUUGCUCCUUUUACAAGUGCACCAAGUUAUGGACGAUCAAUUAGAUGAUAGAUCGAGUUCAAAGCCAGAAUAUCUGAUGAAGCCUCGAGUUUAUCUUCAUGAUCAUUCCAAUGACUGCUAUUCAAACUACAGACCAAUACCUGCUGGUAAUUCUAGUGCUCGCUCUUCUGAUCAAAUAUACAACGAUCAACAUCAAAUCAGUUUCCCCAUUACAGCUCUUCAUUCCCUUCCGCCAACGGCAACAUCAAAGAGGAGAUGUGUAGCUGGGGUCCUCGUAAGGUCGUUAUUUUCCCUGUGCUGCCAUUUGAAGUCGUCCGAGCACUGAAGAACAACCUCAACGUCACAGUCAAUGACGUACUCACUUCUGCUUUUGCAGCCGCCAUCGGUCGCUACUGUGCAGAAGCGUGCAAGGAUGCGACGUUUACCGGGGAUAAACGAAAACUAAGAGUAGGUUGAAGCUGUUUCCGUUACGGUCUCUUUUGCCUCUUCUAAGGGAGAAAGGCCGAACGAACGGGAAACAGAAACACCAGAAGCCUACCUCUAAGAAAAAGCGCAGCAUUACGAGCACUGACGCCUAUGGCCUUGACUAGUGGCGUAAAAGGAGCAUCUUCGGAGGAUCAGUUGACGAACGCCUUUACGUUCCUGUCGACACCUUUGGCAGUGCACUUGACUGAACCUAUAGCGAGACUCGAGUAUACGAAAAAGACGAUGGAUGCUUUCAAGUUAUGGUCACGUGAAGACAAACACAAACAUGAAUAGUAAGGAGUACUACUACUAUUCUGAUGAUAGACUCGUUGUGAAAUCUUCUUACAUGGAAGUUGUGGAACAUUCUCCCACUGUGUCCAUUUCCUUACUUCUCUAAGAAAGAAAUCCUUCAUCGGUCCUCUAGCGUUGUCGCUGACACAAGCCACGGGGAAACUAUUGCCGCAAAAAUUUCUCGCGAACACGGUUUCAGAUAUCUUCGAGCGUAACUGUGUCGUCCUGUCGAACGUUCCAGGAUAUGUCGUGGCGGGAAGUGACAAUGCGGCUGUUGGUGGAGGACAGACGGUAGUUUAUAUUAACACCCCUAGCUAGGCACAUACAUACUUACAUACAGACAUACAUACCUACAUACUGUCUUCUUUUAUUGAGUUUAUUAACACCUCUAGCUAGGCACAUACAUAUUUACAUACAGACAUACGUACAUGGUCCACACAUAUUAGACUCAUACAAUAAGUCUUAUUUGUAUUUCUCUCCACAGGCUCUUCAUCACUUAAAUUGUAUUUCUCUCCACACAGGCUCUUCGUUCUCGCUCACUAUGAUUUUGUUGUCUGUAGAAGUGAGUACCGAUUCAUCUACAAGAGUACUGUCCUCACUCGAGGACCUGUGACGCACAUCUCAAUCUCUCAACACCUCGUCCAGGUCUUCCCUCAAGAGGAUUUCAUUCGAGCAGCGAACGACGGCAACGACUCACCCUAUCGAUCUCUCAAAGUUGGCAACAAGCGCGUGCGCGGACUCUACCUCUACUACUACAACUGCCAGCCGCAAGUGAUCUUGACGAGCUACCAGGACAAGAUAUUCUUUUAUGGGUCAAGUAGAUUUGAAUUGUGUUUGUGCUGCCCUUAGAAGUUUCCUUGAUUUAUCUACUACGAAAGAUACAACUAGUUGUAUACUUAAAUCUACUACUAGUCGCAGUCUUCUCUAAUCCCUCACCCUCGUCUCCGACCCAGCGAAGAUCGAGGACGAAGAUGCCAUCAUCAGGUUCUACUGCGAAGAGCUCUACCUUCUUGCCGAACAUUGCGUGAAAAUGAGGGGUUGUGGUGACGAUAACGACGCAAAGAUCCUGAAACGAUUCUUGGAGCAACAGCCGUUGCCUAGAGCAUUAGGCUGAGGGAAAGGCUAAUCUGACAGGCGCGACUUCCCAACAUAUCAUCAAUCUUCCAAAUUUUCCAGCAAGAACAGAUCUCAAAUGUAUCAAAUUUUUGACUUUUUUGAAACACACAGCACUGCUGCUCUCAAACUCAUACUCAACAUAAAAAUGAAUCUUCAUCUUGUAAUAUCGAUGGAUAACAUCAACGAGAGCAUGAGAGUACCAGUACCUCGAUAGAUUGAUAAACAACAACAUGAACAUGGGAAUAGAAGUAUAAUAUUUUUUGGAUGUAAUUGCGAUUGGUUUAGCUGGACGCGGACGCUCACGCUUUCAUGUUCUUUCUCUUUCAUUACUUCUUCUCUCUCACUACGGCAGCAUAAUGUCGGGGCAGUCAAUGCACAGGUUGUGUCAAUAGAUAUCCAACAUUUAUUGUCAUACUUUUGAUGAAUCUCGAUCGACCCAGAGUGGCGUUAGAAGCGGGAAAGGAUACUACCGUGACAUGAUAAUCACGC